UAAACACGUAAUGGUGGCUGCUUGUGUGGAGAAAUCAUUGCUGACAACUUAUUUAGAAAAUAUUUUCUGGAAACCUUCAGAAACUAAUGAAAUCCGAUGAAACCAUAAAAAUAUAACAGAAUGAAUAACUCGUGUUUUAUUUGCAACGCUCGGACAGGAGCAUCUUUGAGGAAUGCUUUAAACUUAUUCGGGGAUGAUGUGUCACUCAGCUCCGGAAAGAAACUAUCUGAAGUAAUUGGGGAUAUUGUAGAUAAAUUGAUCAAAGAAGAUGUUGUCCAUACACGAGUUAUAUGCAAGAAAUGUCAAAAGGCAAUCGUUGAAUAUGACUCUUUACAAGUCAGAUUACAAGCUAUUAAAACAGAACUACUUGAAAACUUCAAGAAAACUUUACCGAAACAUAACUUAAGCUACGAUACAUAUAAUAAGGAGGUGAAAAUUGUAAAUAGUUCUAAUAUCAAGAAGAAUGAAGUUAAAACGUUAGUGUUACCAGCUUCUAAACUGCAACCCUUGCCGCCUGAUUUUGUGAUAAAAUCUGGGAAAUGGCCAAUAUCCAAAUCUAACAUUGUUAUACCUAAACUAAAGUCUGUCGUGACGAUACCGGCGUCAUCAACCCUAAAUCUCAAAGUGACAGUCGGUUCGUCUGUUCUCACUCAGAGCAUAAUCACAAACACAAUAGCCAACAAGAAAUCAGCACUAGCGAAUCAAACGAUUGAUCCAAAAUUAAUUAUGACACCAAAAGUAGAAAAAAACGAUCAACCGUCAAUUUCGACGAAUGUAAUGAACUUUGUCUCUAGUUCUAUGAAAUCCGACGAAAUCUUGACUUCGUCGACUGUGACGUUUACUCAGCCGAUAUCGUCGAAUACGUUAGUUUCGACGAAAUCUAGUCCGAUAUUGAGUUUCAAUGUCAAUUCGUUACCGAAAGAUUUCCUUUCGUCGGCGAUUUUGACGAAAGUCGACGACUUCGAUAUUGAGAAACUAAAAAAGGAAGGUUCUAUCGAAGUUAGUGAAUUGGAACAAGCAGACGAACAGCCGAUGGAAAUUGAUGAAGAUUGCUCUCUCACUGUGCUAUCGACGAAUGAAUCGGACAAUAAAUUGAUCUUCGAUGAGACCGUUAAGGAUGAUGAAGACAAAUCGAAGUCUGAGUAUCUAGACGUGCGGCUGCUCGGGGAGCAGGGCCGCUACGUGCUGGGCAAGCUGCAGGUGCUGCGCCCCGACGCCGACGCCGACGCCGACGCCGACGCCGACGCCGACGCCGACGCGGAAGGGGACGUCGACACGGAUGAGCAUACAAUUGUGAUGGAAGGAGAGAAUGGUUCGAUCCUACGAGUGGUGUCCGGACAAAAAUUUCUGUAUGGAGACAAUCAGAUAUCUCUCAUGCUGCCUGGAUUGCAGGAUUCUGUCGAUGGGCAAGAUUCGAAUGAUGAGUCCCAGAUCGAGCUGCAAGUGUCAGGCGAUGAAGAAACAGCCAAUGCUAUUAUUGCGGCCGCGCAGGAACAAGGAGGUGCUUUCAUAAAAGUCGAGUCGGGCGAGAUGUAUCGCGUCCAGUCAGUACAGAGCACGACAGAGGAUGAUGAAACUAGUAAUGUUGAUACUUCUAUGGUAGUGCACGAAGACGGUCAGUUCCGGUGCUUGUUGUGUGAGAAGAAUGAAACAAAAGAGCGGCGCGUGGUGGUGGGCGACGCGGAGGCGGCGAUGCAGCACGUGAAGAGCGCGCACGGCGCGCGGCUGUACAUCUGCCGCGUGUGCGGCCGCGCGCUGCGCCGCCGCGCGCACUACGCCGCGCACGUCGAGCAACACGCGCAGAAAAACAAGGCCCUACAGAAUACAGACAAGACGAAACUUCACGAGUGUAACAUAUGUAAGAAAAAAUAUAGCUCCCGCACGCUGCUGACGGAGCACAUGAACGUGCACAGCGGGUCGCGGCCGUACGCCUGCGACGUGUGCGGGAAGGCCUUCGCCUCCAAGUACACGCACCAGUCGCACCUCAAGACGCAUCUCGUUCGUCCGAGGCCGUAUAAAUGCGAACAGUGCGGGAAGUCAUUCUUCACUUUACAAAAUUUGAACCAGCAUGAGAAAACGCAUUCGGGUGUCAAAGACUUCAUUUGUAAUGUUUGCGGCAAAGCGUUCGGCACGCAGCAUAACCUGGAGGUGCACGGCGUGGUGCACUCGGGCAGCAAGCCCUUCGUGUGCGGCGCCUGCGGGAAGGCCUUCGCGCGCCGCGCCGAGGUGCGCGACCACAUGCGCAUCCACACCGGCGAGCGGCCCUUCACGUGCGACGUGUGCGGCGCAAGCUUCACGCAGCGCUCCAACCUGCACUCGCACAAGCGCGCCACGCACCUGGACGACAAGCGCUACCACUGCACGCAGUGCCCCAAGCGGUUCAAACGGAGGAGACUGCUGGACUACCACGUCAAGGCGUCGCACACGGGCGAGCGGCCGCUGAAGUGCGAGAUCUGCCACGCCACGUUCGUGUACCCGGAGCACUACAAGAAGCACGCCCGCAUCCACAGCGGCGAGAAGCCCUACACGUGCGAGGUGUGCGGGAAGUCGUUCAACUCGCGCGACAACCGCAACACGCACCGCUUCGUGCACAGCGACCGCAAGCCCUACGAGUGCGUCGUGUGCGGCGCCGGCUACAUGCGCAAGCAGCUGCUCUACCAGCACAUGAACACCAGCGGUCACUUGGCCGAGUCGAUUGUCGUCAACCAGCCGAGGGUUACGAAAAUAAAUGAAAAUAUGCUGACAACACAGGCAGUUGUUGUCGAUACAGAGAAAAGUGACAAGUUUCCGGACACGAUAUACGAAACAACGGAAGAGUUACAACUCGAAGCAGACGAUAAAUCUAUCGUUACGACGGACGAAAGCGGCACGAAGUUCUAUAUAACCGGAGACAAGAAGAUACUUCUACAAGAAGGAAAAACAAUAAAUAUCGUCCAAGAAUCCGAGGAACCAACUUUAUUAACACUGCAUAACAUAGACAGCAGCCUGAAAGCGGACGGAACACUUAUAGACACGAUUCCUGCGGACCAGCUGACGGACCAACAGCAGGCCGGAGCCCUGCGACUGGUGUCCGUGUCGCUGCCGGACGGUUCCAGCGGCUGGGUCGCCAUCAACAACUAGUGAGCCCACUGCAGGACCACGGCCUAGAGAGCUGUUAUGACUGAAAAUAUUUAUAAUAUAUUAGAAUAGUCUCUAUUUUAUUAUGUAUAAUACAAUUGCACAUAAUUUGUAUAUAUUAUUCAUUAAUUAACGUUACUUUACAUUUCGUUUCUAAACAAUUAUCUCUUACGCAUCUCCUAUUGUUAUGUUGUCGGUACCACGCCGGUGACGUUCACGCAAGUGCCGAUAACAACUUUACAAACAUGAACGAUAUAUGAAUCCAAGUGUAAAAAAAUGUGUAAACUGCA